AUGGCGACCGCCGCGUCCAAGAACAGCACUCUGCCGUGGGUGGAGAAGUACCGCCCGACGAAGAUCGACGAGAUCGUCGGCAACGCGGACGCGGUCGAGCGCCUCGCCGCGAUGGCAGCCACGGGCAACGUCCCGAACCUCAUCUUCAGCGGACCGCCCGGGAUCGGAAAGACGACGUCCAUCCUGUGCCUCGCGCACACGCUCCUCGGGCCCGCGUACAAGGACGCCGUGCUCGAGCUGAACGCGUCGGACGACCGCGGGAUCGACGUCGUGCGCAACAAGAUCAAGAUGUUCGCGCAGAAGAAGGUGACGCUCCCGCCGGGGAGGCAUAAGAUCGUCCUCCUCGACGAAGCGGACUCGAUGACGUCCGCGGCGCAGCAGGCGAUGCGUAGGACGAUGGAGAUCUACUCCAACACGACGCGCUUCGCGCUCGCGUGCAACGCGAGCGAGAAGAUCAUCGAGCCGAUCCAGUCGCGAUGCGCGAUCGUGCGGUUCACGCGGCUGAGCGACCAGGAGGUGUUGGAGCGCGUGAUGAAAGUCGUGGAGAAGGAGGAGGUGCCGUACGUUCCGGACGGGCUGGAGGCUGUCGUGUUCACCGCGGACGGGGACAUGCGGCAGGCGCUCAAUAACUUGCAGGCGACGCACAGCGGGUUCGGGUACGUGAACCAGGAGAACGUGUUCAAGGUGUGCGAUCAGCCGCACCCGCAGGUGAUCUCCGACAUGCUCACGCACUGCUUACGCGGCAACGUGGACGACGCGUACGAUCGGAUUAAAUUUUUGUACGCCGCCGGGUUCAGCGCGAUGGACAUCAUAGGCACGGUGUACAGAGUCACGAAGAAUUUCAACAGCGAGGCGAUGCCGGAGUUUGUGAAGCUGGAGUUUAUUCGCGAGAUCGGGUUCAUGCACAUGCGCGUCGGUGACGGCGUGAACUCGUUGCUGCAGAUGGCCGGGCUGUGCGCCAAGUUGUGCAAGGUGGUGGAGUGCGCCAAGGCGGGGAUUCUGCGUUGA